AAAAAAAAUAUAAAUUAAUUUUACUUAGAAAAAUAAUAAUUAAUGUUCUUAAAAUUAAAAUAUACUUUUAGUUUAAUGAAACAUAUUCAUUUAAAUGGUUUUGGUGGCGUAGAUAUUUUAUAAAUAAAGUAAUCUCCAAUACCUGUCUGUUCAGAAAAAGAAGUUUUAAUAAAAAUACAAUCUACAGCAUUAAACAGAGCAGAUAUAUUAUAAAGACAAGGUAAAUAUUCUCCUCCAAAAAGCGCAUCAUAAAUAUUGGGAUUAGAGGCAGCGGGAUAUUUAUUAGAUGAAAACGGUAAAGAAAAAAAAAAAGUGAUGGCGUUACUUUCAGGGGGUGGAUACGCAUAAUAUACAAAAGUGCAUUAAGAUCAUAUAAUUGAAAUUCCAGAAAAUUUAAAUUUUUCAGAAGCUGCAAGUAUUACAGAGUGUUGGCUAACAGCAUUUAUGUUAUUAAGAUUUAUAGGAAAAUUAUAAAAAAAUGAAAAUGUACUCAUAUAUGCAGGAGCAAGUGGAGUAGGAACUGCAGCUAUUUAGCUUUGUAAACAUUAUGAAGCAAAUGCCAUUAUAACUACUUCUUCAAAAGAAAAAGUGGAUUUUUGUUUAAAAUUAGGUGCUAAGGCAGGAAUUAAUUAUAAAUAAGAAGAUAUUUAAAAUUAAAAAUAAAAAAUUUUAGAAUAAACGAAUGGAAAAGGAAUCGAUAUUAUUUUAGAUUGCAUAGGAGCUUAGAAUAGCGAAUUGACUACAAACAUUUUAAAUAUGGAUGCAAGAUGGAUUCUUUAUGGCUUAAUGGGAGGAGCAAAAGUAAAGGAUUUCAGUUUCGUUCCUUUAGUAUAGAAGAGAGCAUCAUUAAUAACUAGCACAUUAAGAAAUAGAGAUGAUGAAUAUAAAAAAUAGCUUGUUUAAUAAUUUUGCAAAGAAGUUUUAAAGGAAUUCUCGAAUAAAUAAUUUACUACAAUUAUUGAUAAAUAAUAUGAUGUUACAUGGGAUGAAAAAGGACUAUAAAAUAUUAAAGAUGCACAUUUAAGAAUGGAACAAAACAUUAAUAUAGGAAAAAUUGUUUUAAAUUUCAAAUGA